GCUUAGUGUAUAUACGCCCAAAAUUGGUGUAACUUGAUGUGGAAGACAUUUUAUGACGCCGAGCGUAUGCGCAAUUGCGCAUGCUAUAUAUAGACCGUUGCCGACAUCAAGCGUCUGUACUUGGUAUACGUAGCUGUGCUCUCAUCGGGCUCUCAAGUGCUCAAGUCUCAUCUCGCGUUUACUCGCGUGACAUUUUUCCUCGUGUGUACAGCGUUACCCAGUUACUCUGGCGUCUUUCGAGGAAGAGGUUACUUCUACCUUAUCAUUUCUGGUCUUGCGGUAAUACUGACUUCCGACUCCUGCAUUAGAGAUAAUAAUUAGAUGAUAGCAGAUUAUAUGUGUGCAACACUAUAUAUAUACUUGUAUAAUCAUAUAUCACUUGGCCAGUAAUAUGGGUGAGCCGUUGGGUUUGAGCAGCAGCGAAGUUCGCAAACUUUGUAAAACUCCAGACCCCUCGACAAAUGGGUAUAUAAUGCAGCAGACAAUGUUCCGUAUAAAAGACCCAAGAAUCACCCUACCUUUCUAUACUGAAGUUCUUGGAAUGACCUUGCUGCAAAAGCUCGACUUUCCAGAAAUGCAAUUCUCCUUAUAUUUCCUUGGAUACGAGGACCAGAAUGAAAUACCACUCGAUCGUAGAGAAAGUAUCGAAUGGACAUUCCGUAGAAAAGCGGUCAUAGAAUUAACUCACAAUUGGGGGUCAGAAACAGAUCCUGAUGUAAAAUAUUACAAUGGAAAUAUAGAUCCCAAAGGAUUUGGUCAUAUUGGAAUAGCAGUACCUGAUGUUAACAAAGCGUGUCAAAGAUUCGAGAUGUAUGGUGUUGAAUUUGUGAAGAAACCAAAUGAUGGCAAAAUGAAGGGGAUCGCCUUCAUUAAAGACCCUGAUGGUUACUGGAUUGAAAUCCUACAUGGCGCUAACAUUGCCAAUUAUAUGUUAGGUAUGGUAGAGGAUAGAAAGUAUGAGAUUCCAAGCCGUAUCGAGUGCGACGGAUAUCGAGGUACGUUGAAAUACGUCGGACCCGUUGGAAACACCAAGGGAGAGUGGUUGGGAAUAGACUGGGACGAUUCGACUCGUGGCAAACACAAUGGCACUUACGAAGGCGUAGAGUAUUUUCAAGCCAGACAUUCCACAUCAGGCUCUUUCAUACGACCAGGCAAAGCCAAGUUUGGGAUAUCUUGCCCACAAGCCAUCAAAAUGCGUUAUGGACUAAUUGAUGAUGAAUUAGCAGGCAUAGACAGGGACGAAGUAUCGACUUUAAGGAAAGAGAUGAACGCACCGUUUUUAGAGCUCGUUGGCUUCUCCAAAGUGAACAAAAAACAGAGCAAGUUUGAUCAAUUAAAAAUAGUAUGGCUGAGGGAACAGUGUGUAUCCAAUGCAGGAGAGCCACAAGAAUUGGAAGAAUUAUGUUCUAAUUUGGAAGAACUGGAUUUAUCUAGAAAUUUGAUAAACUCGUGGAAAAUUGUAGCAGAUAUAUGUUCCCAACUUCGUUCUCUGAUGCGUCUUAAUGUUAGUGAAAAUCAUUUGCCUAUAGAAGAUAUGACAGCAUUAAAAGAUUCAUUUUCAACAGUUAAGCAUUUAACUAUAGCUAGAAUGAAUUAUAACUGGUUUGAUAUUCGACAAUGUAUAUCCAUGUUUCCAUCGAUCGAAGAACUUUCAGUUUCUUUUAAUAUUGUUACAACUGUAGACGAUAUAACUUGUGCAAAUACUAAUUUAAUGAAAAUAGUUAUAUUAAUACUUGAAGGAAAUCUAAUAUCAAGUUGGGAUGAGAUACUUAAACUAGGUUCCCUUCCAUGCUUAGAAUAUCUUAAUUUGAAUUUAAACAAAAUAGAUAGAAUUAGAUUUUCAUCAACACCAACAGAUAAGACUGCUUCAUUUCCUACUCUACGUCAACUACAUAUUUCGGAAAAUCACAUAUCAGAGUGGCAAUCCAUUAGCGAAUUGGAUAAACUAUCAAACUUGGAAGAUUUAAAAUUCAGAGGAAAUCCCAUUUUGGAGAACGAAACUGUAGAGACUGCUCGACAAUUGAUCAUUGCAAGAAUAGCGAAAUUAAGAAUCUUAAACAGUACAGAGAUACUUCAUGAUGAAAGGAGAGGUGCUGAGUAUGAUUAUUUAAAAUUGUAUUUACCAUUGUGGCUAGAAACUGAAAGCAAUUUGGAGAAAAGAACAUUAUUUGUAAAUGAACAUCCACGAUAUCCUAUCUUAGUCGAUAAAUAUGGAAUUGCGGAUAUUCCUUCGGUUAAGCCGAAAAUAGAAAUGAUUUCAAAUGUGAUAACUGUGGAGUUUGUAUGUCCGGAUGAUCCGCGUCAACCUAGAGGAAUUAAAAGGAAGUUACUUAAAAAUAUGGAAGUUCAAAAAAUGAUUGGGCUUGCUCAAAGACUUUUUAAAACUGGUGGGAAAAUUCCAGCUCUUUCGUUUAUCCCACGGAAUCUAUCAAACGAUGAAAUCUCAUUGGAUAAACCCUUGCAAGAACUUAGUUACUAUUCAAUACAGGACGGUGAUCAAGUUCUUGUGAGGUGGUGAUAC